AUGGCGCCGAUAGACAAACCAACCCCCGAAGAGCUGGAACAGCAACUAAAAGACACAAUUCAAGACCUCUACCAAAUCCUAGUCCAAGUAACAACCUACAACGCGACCCCUUCCGCGCCCACCGCGCCCGCCCUCGCAGACUCGGUCCAAGCCCUCUCGCACUCCCUCCAGCGCGUCCACAUGACCGCGACGGCAGGCGCCCCGCCCUCCCCCGACCUCCCCGGCGCGCUGCCGAAGAUCCCGCCCGAGCUGGUGCAGUACGUCGAGAACGGGCGGAACCCGGACAUCUACACGCGCGAGUUUGUGGAGCUUGUGAGGCGCGGGAAUCAGCUCAUGAAGGGCAAGAUGAGUGCGUUUGCGCAGUUUCGGGAUGUCCUUGCGGAUCAUGUCGAGAGGGGCAUGCCGGAGUUGAGGGAGGAUGUCGGGCGGGUGCUGGAGGGGGGCAAGGUUGUUGGGAGCGGGAAGCCUGGUGGUGCGCUAUGA